AUGACGCCAAUUUAUGCGCAGGCAACGCCACAAGAGAAGCACUUGUUCCAUGUGUUUUGCGCCGAGACUGCCGGUCAAGUUUCUGCUGGAUUCGAUAGCACGUUUUGGUCCGUCGAUGUCCCGCAAGCCUGUCAACUACAUCCCGCCAUCUGGCAUUCCGCCCUCGCAAUCGCUUCCGCGCAAAUGACACAAAUGACAUGGACCAUGGGCGGCUCGUCGACGCAACACCACGACGACGUAGGCUUCAAGCAGUACACCAAAGCCAUUGGCCACCUUGUCCAGGCGACCCAAAAGACGGACCCCAGUUUUGAUGAGCAGUCGCUCAUCUUGAUGGCCACGGUGCUCCUUUUGGGCUUCGCCAGUCUGAGAGGAAACUUCAACCAAGUCCAGUUCUUUGCCCGUCAUGGCCUUGAGUUAUUCGCAAAAUGGGACUUUGGCGAAAGAGCAAAGCGACAGCAGCAGUCGCUGCGCAGCAACGUACUUUCCGUCAGGUCUCUCAUUUCUCUGCUGGACAAUCUGUUUGUCCAAUAUUCAUGGGCGUGUCCGGCUGCAAACCCUCCAAAACACGCACAGAGUAGUCCUGCCACCACGUCGCCGAAAACGCCCUUCACGAACAUCACCGAGGCAUACCACGAGUACCAGGCAUUGCAAAUCGCCCAUCUUGAGGCGCUGCGCGCACAAGCACUUGGCUCUACGAACGGAGAUUGGCAGCCGUUUCGAGAUAUUCGCCAGGCCUGGCUGCGCAGAUUGUCGGCUUGCAAGGCCAAACUCCUCCAGGCCCGGCGAGAGGGUGGGCACGAGUCGAAGUCGUGGCUGAUGCUGCAAGUGGGAUUACUCGGCUUACAAGUAUGUUUCCAAGGCAAGGCUAUUGCGAACGAGCUAUACUGGGACAAGCUCAUCCCCAAGCUCAGACGCAUUGUCGAUAUUGCGGAGCAAGUAUUUGAGAGGCCAAAAACCCAUGCAGAACGAGUGCCCGCCGCCGUGUUUCACUUUGCCCCUUCGCCACUGGGGAUAUUGUACAUGGUUGCAUCGGCCUGCCGGGAGUAUGCGACGCGCACGAGGGCCAUAGCUCUGCUGCGAAGAAUGCAACAGAGAGACGGCCUGUUGGAUAGCGGGCUUUUUGCAUGCCUUUCCGAGGCCAAGAUGCGGAUCGAGGCGACGGGGAGGGACUUGGUUGGCUUGACGGAACCAAAGAGGUGUACUUGCAUCCCUGAGGAGUACGUUUGCGGGCAUCAUAGAGUAAGGGAUGUUGGAAUAGAAUUCUUGGAGAGAGGCCUGGUACGACUGAAUUUUGAGUCGUUUGAUGGUGGUGCACGUCCUGAGGGUAUGAAAUCGCUAACGGUGCAUUGCAAUGGGAAUUGGUGCAAGAGAUAG